AUGUCACUCCCACUACCGACAAGAUUACUACCGAGGUUACGACGCUUACUCUCAUCACGGACCAUCGUCAGCGCCGCCCCAAGAUCAACACCAGAACAAUGGCCACAGCGUCAUCCUCUAGGACCAUACUACGAAACUAUCCUCCAAAGCCCCUCCACACAACCCGCCGAUAAACCAGAAGUACCACCCAAGUCAGCAGACUCCAGCGUCCAAGAUAAAUUCCCCACGAAACAAGCUACACAAACACCAGAAGAGAAAGCUCGCUUAGUUUUCGGAUCGCGCGUUCUCGGACAAGCGGAAAAAGACGAAAGAUUAGCGGCGCGAAAAGCAAAAGCUACAUACAUCGCCGGCGUACUCGUACCUCUCAAACCAACCGAGCCGGAUAACUGUUGUAUGAGCGGCUGCGUCAAUUGCGUGUAUGAUCAAUACCGUGAUGAAUUGGAAGAGUGGCAGCUCAAGAACGCAGAGGCCCAAGCUGCGCUGCGCAAAGUGGAAGGAUCUGUGGAUUCGGACGGUGGAGGCUCAGAGGCUAAUUGGGCUGCUGCUGCGCCUUCAGUUGGAGAAGCCAAGAUUGCAAAGGACUUUUGGGAUGACGAGUUGUAUGCCGGUUUACCUGUGGGGAUUAGAGAGUUUAUGAAGACGGAGAAACAACUCAAGAAAAGACAUGAGAGCGAGGGUUCUAAGGAGAGCUGA